AUGGUCAAGGAAUACGACAACCACAAGUUACUCGUCGCAAACCGAGGUGAAAUCGCAGUACGCAUUCUGCAAACGGCAAAACGACUUGGCUUAAAGACAGUAGCUAUCUACACACACUCCGAUUCACUCUCCCCUCACGUAUUACAAGCGGACGAAAGUGUGCCUCUUGAACAACCCGAAUCGACUGUAACGAAUGCUGGGUCUUCAGAAGCAGCGGCCUAUCUUUCCAUUACAAGUAUAAUUCAGAUCUGCAUAAAGCAUUCGGUCACCCUCGUUCAUCCAGGCUACGGAUUCCUAUCGGAAAACGCAAAAUUUGCAGCUGAAGUCAUCAACAAUGGCAUCAUAUGGUUAGGGCCACGUCCCGAGAUUAUUCGUUCUAUGGGCUUGAAGCAUGAAGCAUUGGAUAUUGCUCGGAAUGCUGGUUUGAAAAGCGUUCCAGGCUCAGGGGGACUGUUGGCAUCGGAAGAAGAAGCCUUAAAUAUUGCGGCUCAAUGUGGAUACCCUGUAUUGCUCAAGGCUACUGCGGGUGGAGGUGGAAUGGGAAUGAUUGUUUGUCGCGAUGCCGAAAGCUUGCGCACUAGCUUUCAAGUUGCAAAGAAUCGUGCAAAGACCUUGUUUCACGACGAUGGCAUCUUUUUAGAGCGAUAUUUCGACGCUGCGAGACAUAUCGAAAUACAAGUAUUUGGAAAUGGCCAAGGCGAUGUAGUACACAUGCGAGAACGGGAGUGCAGCGCACAGAGGAGACACCAGAAAGUUAUCGAAGAAAGUCCCAGUCCUUUCUGCUUAGCUCAUCCAGGCCUUCGGGAACAAAUGUGCGACGCAGCUGUAUCCUUGGCAAAAAGCAUCAAAUAUAACUCUGCAGGCACUAUGGAGUUUCUCGUCGAUGAAGAAACUGCAAACUUUUAUUUUUUGGAGAUGAAUACGAGAAUCCAGGUUGAGCAUCCUGUGACUGAGCAAAUACAUCCUGGAUUAGAUCUUGUAGAGCUGAUGAUCAAGCAAGGCCUCGAGGAAAGUUCUUCCAACAAAGGCUUCCUCUCAUCAUCGGCAGAAAUGCAGCAAGCCACGUACGAUAAUUUCGUCGCUCAAGGGGUGAAUCAAGGUUGCUCCCAUGCUAUUGAAAGCCGUAUCUACGCGGAAAAUCCGUAUGAAGGAUUUGUGCCCUCCCCUGGUUUGGUCCAAUAUGCUUCUAUAAACGAGUUGGACUAUGACUGGCUGCGAAUCGAUAGUUGGGUUGAAACUGGCAUGACGAUCACACCUCAUUUUGACCCACUCAUGGGCAAAGUAAUUGUUUCAGGAUCGACUAGAGAAGAAGCCCUAUCUCGCUCUCUAAUAGCAUUGGGAGAAAUACAGCUCCUAGGACCUAUGAAUAAUGUCAAAUAUCUUUCGUCCAUCAUAGAUCAUCACUCGUUCCGUACAGGCAUGGUGACCACAACAUUCUUAGAAUCGUUCAAGGUUCAACCUCGUGCCUUCAAAGUGCUUUCACCUGGUAUUGACACGACCAUCCAAGACCUCCCUGGCAGGCACAUGAAAUUGGGGAUUCCUGUGAGCGGGCCCAUGGAUAGCCUUGCUUUCUCAGCAGCAAACAUCCUUGUCGGGAACCCAAAGACAACUGAAGGACUCGAAAUUGUCGUUGUUCCCGGAGUAAAAGCUUCAUUUCAUUUCUUUACAAGCACCGUCAUAGCUGUGGCAGGAAAGGACGUGAUAGUCAAAGUCAGUGGCAAGAAAUGUUCGACGUGGUCCAAACUGUUGGUUCCAGAGGGCUCAACUGUCGAUAUUGAAGCCAGUAUGACGAAUGCCACAGCUGGUUUUCGUGUCUACUUGGCCAUCAGGGGCGGGUUUCCCGACGUCCCAACUUACCUUGGAUCCAAAUCAACUUCCAUGGGACUUGGAGGAUAUCAGGGUCGCUCGUUGCUCAAAGGAGACCUUAUUUCUCUAGGAAAUUGCUCCCCUGCUCCCCAAGAGAACGAACAUGUCGUUCCGGAACAUUUGGUUCCAACAUACUCUUCUCAUUGGGUUAUAUAUGUACUUCCAGGCCCGCACGGCGACGAGGAAUUCGUCACAUCAGAGGGCCUUCGUAAAUUCUACACUACUCGGUGGAGAGUCAGCCCUUCAAGUAACAGACUCGGUAUCCGACUUGAGCCGCCCUCAUCCGCCGAUCGAAUUGCAUGGGCAAGAGAGAGUGGUGGAGAGGGAGGGUCACAUCCAAGUAAUAUCUUGGACAAUGGGUACGCGCUCGGCACUAUAAACAUUAACGGCGAUACACCUGUCAUUCUCACGAACGAAGGACCUGAUAUGGGUGGAUACAUGUGCUUGUGCACAGUUGCGACAGCAGAAAUGUGGAAGCUGGGUCAACUCGGACCUGGGAACACGAUAGAAUUUCGAAGGAUAUCAUGGAGUAGCGCAAUACAACGUUCCGUAUCAAACAUCCAGUGGCUAGAGGCUGUGGAACAAUCUUGCUCCAGCCACAAACUCAAAGAAACGUCGAUAUCCAGGUUCACAUUGUUGGAUACUGAUGUCAAAGAUACAGAAUAUCCUACAGUCCUUCACGUGCGACAUGUUGAUCGAGAUGCCCUAGCAAAAAGAGUAACUUUCCGACAGGCUGGGGGCACUGCGAUUCUGGUGGAGUUCGGCGCGAUGCACUUGGACCUGUUUGUUCGAGCAAGGAUUCAUGCCUUUCAGGGCAUAGUCAAUGGAAAAGGUAUCUCUGGACUACGUUUCCUCUGUCCCUGUAUACGUUCGAUUUUGUGCCACUAUGACCCGACUAUCAUUGCCCAGGAUGCGUUUCUUGCAGUUUUAAUUGAAUCGGCCGAGCUUAUCCCAGACAAUAUGGAUGAAAUGACAUUCCCAGGUCGACGAAUUACAUUUCCUAUUGUCCUCGACGAUAAAUGGAAUAAAGAAGCGAUUCUGCGGUAUAUGACCACUACUCGGGAUAAAGCCGUAUAUCUACCUAGCAAUGUGGAAUAUUUGGCCAACAACAACGGCCUUGCUAGCGCGGAAGAAGCCUUGCAAAAGCUGGUCGAAUCCGACUGGCUUGUAUUGGGUGUUGGAUUCUACCUGGCUUGUCCUUUCCUCAUACCGGUUGAUCCUCGAUGCCGGCUUAUCGGUCAAAAGAUGAACCCAUCGCGCACUUUCACACCUCGAGGUGCCAUUGGCAUUGCGGGUCCAGUGGCGGCGAUAUACCCAAUUGAAUCUCCCGGAGGGUAUCAGCUCUACGGACGAACUCUCCCUACAUGGCAAACCUGGGGGAAAGGCCGCGACUUCCAAGCAAAUAAACCAUGGCUGUUGGAGGCCUUCGACCAGGUUGCUUUCAAGCCUGUCAGCGAACACGAGUACAUCGAGUUUGAGAAACAAUUUGAUACAGGCCAAUACGUUUUCCAGAUUGAGCCGACAGAGUUCUCUGUAGCCGAAUAUGCCAAGUUCCUUGAAUCUAUUGAAAAGGAGACCCAGGCAUUUUGCCUCCGUCAGGCUGAAGCCAGCAGCCGAGAGGAACAGAGAGAACGAAUUUUGCUACGAGAAUGGGAAGAGCACAAGGUCCGUCAGAACGUCCAAGAAGACAGUUCAAAAUCCGUCUACAACGGGUAUUCAUCGACAAAUGCCAUUUUCUUCAAAGACAAUCUAGACGUUGAGGGUGGUUCCCGUCUCACUGCCCCCAUAUUCGCCAACAUAUGGAAGAUCCAAUGCAGCAUCGACGAUGUUAUCGAGUCGGACUCGCAGGUGCUCGUUAUUCUAGAGGCGAUGAAAACCGAAAUACCUGUUCUUGCUGGGGAAGGAAGCAAAGGGAAGAAAGUUGUCGGUUUUGGACAUGGCGCCAGGGAGGGGCAGCCUGUUGGACCUGGAGACACUUUGGUCAUUUUAGGAUGA